AUGAAAUCAUAAUCUUUAUCUAAAUAUUAACUCAAUAAUAGGUCUUUGAUUGUACAAAAACGAUUGGUAUCAUUUGAUUUAUAUGAAAGAGUAGAUAACCCACUUAAUCACCUUAAAAUAAAGAUGGGCUUUCUUUCUAAAAUUAUUUCACUGAAUAAUCUAAUCUCAAAUCUUAAGCUUCAAAAAAAGAAAUAAUCAGAUUGAUUUAGUCUUCUUAUGAAAAUAUAGAUAAAGAUAUCGAUAUCUAAGAGUUGAAUAUCAUUUUGACUAGAUUACUUGAAGGAUUAAGCUUGUGUCUUAACGAAUAAGAUUUAUCAUUAACACUGAUCUAACUUAUUUAAGCAAUCAAAAAAACUAUCAAGAAUUACCAUAUCAAUUAAAAGAAAUUAUAUGAAUAUGAAAAGGCUUAAUUAUUACUUAAAUUAAAACAAUUAGAACAAUAAUCUAUAGAGAAUGAGUAAAAAUUGGGUAAUUUUAUUAUGUCAUUUUAGAAAACAAAAUAAAGGAAUAUGAAAAUCAAAACAGAAUCUUAAAGUAUCAGAAUGAAUUAAAUCAAAUUAAGAAAGGUAAAGUAAGAAAAGAAAAGCUUAAUGAUCGCAAUUAAUAUAAAGAAUAAAUUAGGGAUAUGUAAUAAGAAUUGCUUUCGAUAUCAGAGAAAAAGCAUAAAUUAAUAAGGCUAGUGAAGGCAAUGAAGUCAAGAGGAAUAGAUGUUGAAAAAUUUUAUAAGAAUCUCAACAAAUAAAAUAAUAAAGAGAGUAAAUAAAUAAGCAUACAAUCUAAUUCGUAAAGUGAAUAAAUCUCAUUUGCUGAAUCAAAUUUGGCAGAUGUUUCUUAAUUAGAUUUCAGUGCUGGACUAAUUAAGAGACAUACUCAUUAUUUAAUUGAUUGA